CCCAAUCCCCUCACAGCCUUAAACCCUAGCUCCGCCUCCCACCUCCCUUUUCUUUUCUAGGGUUCUUCCGCCGCCGCCGCCGCCGCCGCCGAUUCCGAUGGAGUUCUGGGGUCUUGAAGUCAAGCCUGGACAGACUGUCAAAUGUGAGCCUGAAGAUGAACGCUUUUUGCACCUUUCUCAGGCUGCUCUUGGGGAAUCAAAGAAAGGAUCUGACAAUGCAGUAAUGUAUGUUAAAACUGAUGAUCAAAAGCUAGUCAUUGGAACCCUCUCAGCUGACAAGUUCCCUCAAAUCCAGUUUGAUUUGGUCUUUGACAAAGAGUUUGAGCUGUCACACACUUCAAAGACUGCUAGUGUGUUCUUUUCUGGCUACAAAGUUUCCCAGCCGGCUGAGGAAGAUGAAAUGGAUUUUGAUUCUGAAGAAGUUGAAGAUGAAGAGGAGGAAGAAAAGAUCAUUCCAGCUCCCAGGGCAAAUGGCAAAGUUGAAGGGAAGGAAAAUGAGCAGAAAAAACAAGGCAAGACAGAUUCUUCAGCUUCAAAAUCAAAGGCUGCAGUGAAUGACGAUGAUGAUGAUGAUGACAGUGAUGAGGAUGAUUCUGAGGACGAAGAUCUUUCUCCUGAGGAUGAUGAUGAUGAUUCUUCUGAGGAUGAUUCCAGCGAAGAUGAUGAGGAUGAGAGUGACGAGGAAGAUACUCCCAAGAAGCCAGAGACUGGAAAGAGGAAAGUAGCUGAAAUUGUGUUGAAGACACCUUCGUCUGAUAAGAAAGCAAAGAUUGCUACACCGUCAGGCCAGAAGACAGGUGACAAGAAGGGUGUCCAUGUAGCAACUCCACAUCCGGCAAAGCAGGCUAGCAAGACCCCCGUGAAUGACAAGUCAAAGGAGAAGUCCCCAAAAUCCGGUGGUGGGUCAAUUUCUUGCAAGUCAUGCAGCAAGACGUUCAACAGUGAAAUGGCUCUGCAAUCUCACUCGAAGGCCAAGCACCCCGCCAAGUGAAGAAUGAGACAACGGAUGCUGAGCUGAGAAAUAUUGGUGUCGUUUGAGUUGGUUAUCUGAAAUGAAAUGAAAUGCUGCAAACUAUUUGGUGUUAUGAGUAGUGUCGUGACGGUUUAUGUGGUGCAAACUAUUUAGUCUAGAAAAAAAAAAUCUGUGGUGCGAACUGAGCUACAAUUUUAUUCGGUCAAGGUCAGUGGAGUGAUUGGUUUAUUUUGGAUGGAAUUAUUGUUCUUCCCUGUUAUUCGGUUAAUUCCCACGAGAAAGGAUUGAUAACA